AAGCCGAAAGCCUUGCUGCAGGAAUGGUUGUCGCAGUGCCAUUUCCGGAAUCUGAACCUGAUUUUGGAAAUGGGCGGAACGAAUCUGUACUUCAUUUCGGCGGAGAGUUUGAUCCUGCACCUGCUGUUGUUCGAAGGAGUAGAGCAGAAGGAAGAACAUAGCGUACUUUGACUUCCAUGAGAUUUUGUUUCUCUUUUACCGGACUCGCUGUGAUAUUUUUCAACCGAAUGAAGAAUUACACGCUGUGGUAUCUAGAUUCAAAUGUCAACAUAGUACCUAUUCUGCGAAGUUCGUUUCCCUUUUACCACAUUACGACACCACACCACAUUGACUUUACAGCUAUGCAGCUCUUUCCGCAAAGCGCCGCAAACGUUGCCGGCUAUCCACGCAAUGGAGCGCAUCUUAGAAACGCUGCAGCAAGCAGGAGGUAAGACGUUCCGUCUGAUCUUCUUCGACUGCUUCGAGUCCGUCUUCGCGAAGCUCCAGAAUAGCGAGUCCUUGUGGCUCUUGCGCAACGCUUUCCUGAUGCAUUGUGUUUCCGGAAAUCUGAUGGCAUCAACUACACCUAGUAAUGGAGGAUCACCAUCAUCCCCUUGUUCUGCGACGAAUGGCGGAUCAUCUUCUGGAGGAGACAUCCCUCAGAGCAUGGACGUGCAGCGAUUUCAAUCCUGGUAUGAUCCGGCUUUUCAACAGCAUGUGAAAGAGUGGCGUCCGAGUUUUUUCCUGAUCAGCGACAACUUCUUCGACGACAAGAAAGGCGAGUCACUUCUGUUUGAAGAAGAGGAGGAUGAAGACGAGGAGGACGACGAAUCUGAAGUUAUGGUUAACAUUUAGUGUUAGUGUCCAUCAUUCUCGGCAACAUUCCAUCAUCAACAUUUAGUGUUAGUUUUCAACAACGUCUUCUAUCAUUGAAAGACACAGAAAAAUAGAUUAGUGUUAGUGUCCAUCAUUCUCGGCAACUGCGUCGGAAUCUUUCAACAUUUAGUGUUAGUGUCCAUCAUUCUCGGCAACAUUUAUCUUGGUCCCCUUUUGUUCCCCUGUAUUCUUUCAACAUUUAGUGUCCAUGAUUCUCGGCGCAACAUCUAUCUUGGUCCCCUUUUGUUUUUCCCUUGUAUUAUUGUUCCUAUGAAAUUAUACAAGGGUAGUAAAGGGGUCAAGAUGAGGGGGCCGAGAUGCAAUCUAGCAGACUCUAAUGAAGCGGAGGAACUUGGGCCACGUGCUGGCGCGGUAGGAGCAGAGGAUGGUAGUAGUGAAGGAUGCAAGAAAAUGACGAAAGCUGAACGUAAACUAGAAGGUUUUGCAACUAUGGGGUGUGUAUUAAAGACAUUGGCGAUUGCGUCUUUGCGAUGUAAACUUCCAGUAGCUUUGUUAUCAGGGAUCACGCAUCGUGGACACCGAGUCGAGGCCUUUACUUUGGGUAUCGAGAACUGCUGUCGUGCUUUGGCUGAGUAUCUAGAGCGCGUCUUCAACCACUGGGCUGUUGUUCAAGUGGCUGCAGAUGGCAGCAUGUUACCUAGUGUCGGAUCUGCCACAGGUCUGGAUUCCAUCGCUGGCGGCGCCUCGAUUUCCUUAGGCGCGACGUUGGCGGGAAGCGGAGGUGCUGCUGCAGGAAGCAGUUCUUCGGCACUGAUGAUGUUGGCGUCGCAGAAUCGCCUGGCGUCCUUUCAUGGAGGCGGACCCGGAUCGCUUCGUCACAUUGCCAGCUUAAACACGUUGAGUCUGCCAGCUGGUGCGGCCAAAGCCGCUCAAGCUGCCCUUUUAGGUCGUAGCGCUUCUUCUUCUGCGGUAGGCUCUGCGCCUCUUGCGGCACAGAGUGUGCCUCUGGUAGGAUCGUUGGGUGCGCACUAUGCCACGAGCACCCCAGUGGAUCUCAGUUGCAUCCCAACGUGCGAUAUCCUCAAGCCUUCCAAACUCCUAGAUUCAGGCGACUUAGACGACCCAGAAUUAUCCUCAGACGAGGAGGGGGUCGAACUCUUAGGUGGGGAACCGGAAAUCAAGCGAAAAGUCAAGGAAGCGACUGUAUGAAACAAGAAACAAGGCUUCCUUUACUACACUUUCAUCUCGACUAAGUCACUGUAGGUAGAAAUGUUUAUCGACUUCUAGAAAAAACACCAAGGACCUCUUUCUACACUUUUUUCUCUUCUCCCCGUAGAUUUCCUUCCAUCAUUAGUCUCUCCUCCAGCAUCAUUGACUCCUCCCUCUUCCUCCAUCUCUCCCCUUCAUUCUUGGAGAAAGUAGCCAACUUUGAGAGAGAGCGCUUAGCGUUGACUCCCGAGGGCAGUGUGGUAACUGGUAGCGCUGUUUGCGUGCUGAGGUUUGUGCGCCAAACGCUAUUGCCAGCUUUGAUAGCUGGCGCGGACGAGGACGGCUUAGACGAACAGACUGCUGCUUUUACUCUCCUGGCCAAGAUUCUUCUCCUUUCAACAGUCUUGAAAUCCGAAAUGCCGUUGCCGCAUCGAUGCUUCGCUACGUGGCAAGGGGAAGAGGCGGGCGGUACUACCAAUAUAAAACCAAGAUAUUAUGAAGCUACUACUCUAUUUUUUUACUAGAUAUUAUCUACUUUAUUUAUUAAAUCUACUACUUUAAUAUUUUUUGACUCAUGAUUACAAAAACAGAAGAAGAAGAGGAUUUCGCGGAAGAAUUUGGCGAGACCGUUUUUUCGGAGUUUCAGAAGUUCGCUGCACAAGAGCUUGGCGCUUUUGUCGAUGCGGCUACUUGCGCGACAGCCGCUGCUGGUGUUUCGCUCGGACCGGGUUUGGACUUCCACGAUUUCGUGGAUGGUCGUUUUUACAGACACGUCUUAGGGUGGGUCGUAGGCGAAAAGAAGGUUGACACUAAGGACUUCACGUUGGCUGCGAAGCUGAAUAACAAGUUGAUUGCCUUGUGGAAGGCGGCUGUGACUAGUUCGUCGCCAGAAGACGGAGCAGCGGCUCUUGCUCCGGCAGCACGUGAGUUCUGGCCUCUGGCCGAUGCGGGUGAGGCGUUUGAGACGCAUCAGUUUGCUUGUAACCAGACUUUGGCCACGCCUGAAGGGUAUCGUGAAAAUCCAGUAGUACGUGAUGUACACAGCGACUUGAUGCAGGAGGUGGUUUUUGCGCGUCGUCAGUUCGUAACCAUCAAACAGAAGCCGGCUGCUGGCGAAGCUGUCACAGAAGAUGAGGAAACAAAUGUUAUGAAUUUUGCAUAUAAAAACCUAGUGCUAGUACUAUUGAUCUACCUAUUUUCUCGAGAGAUUUUCUCUGAGCAUCAUCGCUAGCUCUACUUUAUUCGAGGGCCUCCCUGACCAAGUACAUUUUUUGUUGUAAAAAUGCAACUUCUAAUAACAACGCCGACGGAGGCGAGGGCACUCCUGCUGCGAUGGAGAGGAGUAUUCUCUUCGGCGACCAUGGUCUAGACGGUAAUUUUAAGUGGGCUGAGGGGAAGGCGAUCUCCUCUCUCGCCUUUGAAGAGUACAUGGAAGAAAAUAGAGCCCAGAAGAAGGUGCGAGAACGCAAGGCGGUUAUCAUCAAAAAGAAGGGCUACCUAUCUAAAUCAGAUAUGGACUUCUUCAAGAAGGGAGACGAUCGCCGUCGUCAGCAGGCUGUCGCAGCACUGGCUGGGUACGCGAAUUCGUUGACCGGGAGUAAGAAUUUGCAUUUGCCGAUCCUAGUCAAAGACGAGAAGAUGAAGAAGGCAGAGCAGGAAGCAGAAGCAGAAGCUCAAAAAGCAAGCAAGAAGAAGAUGGUAAUGAUCCUUCCAUCACAUCCUCGUCCCUCACAUAAGCAAGCAAGGAAAAAAGAUAGCUGUGAUCCUUUGUGAGCGAUAACUAUCUUUGCAUAUCAAAUCUGACGUACAGCUUAGCCUGACGCUCGAAUACUUUCUCGAAUAAGUACUACACAUGGUAUAUUUAUAGGUAUACUUGGACUUACUUCAUCCGGCUCUUCUAUUUCUUCAUCUCUAUCUUCUCUUCGUCUCGAUUUUUACAGGAAUUGCUCGCUAAAAACGAGGAGAAGGCCAAACUCGAUGCUUUGAAGAAGGAUGAGGACCGCUUUGCCCAGUGGGAAAAGGAAGCUGAGGGUCUGAACCCCUCGUCUUCUGGUCCUAGUGGCAUCUUCAAAGUCCAAUCUAAGCUCCUGGAGAUGGCCGCAGGGUACCCCCGUUACUCCGUAGUGGACGACAUGACUGCCUUUAAGGAAGGCAUCGCUCGCAACUUCACUACUAAGGGGAUUCAGCUGAAGAUUUCCAUCAAAAUGUUGAGUAAUAUUCGCAAGUUCCUGAAGAAGUUGAACUUGAGCAAGGAGAAGAUGGGCGACGAGGAACAAGAGAUGACUUCCGCCUUAUCGGGGAAUAAUCUCGGAGCUACGUCCCCAGACGGGACUUUGUCGAACACGACUGGCGGUUACAACUCUGUUGGCCCUACUCCAGCUGACGACAGCUUGUCCGUUGGCGGCGUGUCCUCUGCAACGGGCGUCAUCCCGGGAACGAGUACGAAGUUAUCAGCCAAGUUGGCGCAGUUUGUGUGCUACCUGUUCAACUUCUGUCACGAAAUCUUCAAGAUUCACGGAGUAGAAGUAGAUGGCAAGGGCAUCAAGCUGAUUCAGGAAGUUCUGAUCCAGAUUGGAUUCCCGGAAUCUGCGGCUGAGACGUUCAAGGCCUGGCGCGAACUGCAGAUGGGGAAGGAGAGCUCGUCUCCGACGGACUCAGUAGUCGACGAUCGCAAAAGCAAGUCCGAGACAGCAGGUGCUGGCAAGGACAAGAAGGGCGAUAAGAAAGACAGUAAGAAGGACAAGAAGGACAGUAAGAAGGAAAAGGAGGAAUUGAAGAAGGCAAAGUCUAGUAGCAGUUCGCUGGGAGCAGUUGGGGGGAAGAGCGAAAAGCUAUAUGACGAUUACUACGUCGACGCCGAGUCUGCAGCUAGCAAGGACUCUGCCAACGCUCCAUUUGACGGUGUGGCCAAAGCAGGUGGCGAAUUCAACUUCCAACUACUCUACAAUGGCCGUUUCAUGACACGGACAUUGGGCAAGCACAAGGAAAAACGUGUUUUGUUCAAACCCGAUGACUGGCAGAAGGACCUGCUAGAUAUCGUGGACAGCGAACAGUCCGCUUUGGUCGUGGCUCCUACGGCUAGUGGGAAGACGUUCAUUUGCUACUACACGAUGGAACGGGUUUUGGCUUCUAACCACGAAGACAUCGCCGUCUACGUUGCUCCGUCGAAGGCGUUGGUGAAUCAGGUCAGUGCAGAAAUCUACGCGCGAUUUGGUUCCAAGAACUACCCGGCAAAUGCGAAGAACCAGUUGCUUGGUGUUUUCACAAGAGAGUUCAACUCGGCGGGUGGUGUCACGGAGAUAGGAACGUGGGCUAACACACAAGUGUUGGUUACGGUGCCACACUGUUUGGAGACGAUUUUACUGUCGCCAGAAAAACAUGAAUGGGUACUUUUUUGUUCAGUUGUUCUUUUUACAACGAGUUGUACCCUUUUUUGAUCUGUACACUUUUUGAUCCAGCUUGUUUCAGCCAAUUCUUGUUCUUCUAAGAAUAACAUCUCUCACGACGACGACCACGACCUCCACUCCUCUGUAUGCUGACUAAAACUAACAACACCAUCCUCUUUCUCAAAAAAAUCCGUAGGUGAAGCGCCUUCGCUAUAUCGUUUUUGAUGAAGUCCAUUGCAUUGGCGAGAGUGAGGGCGGCGCACAAUGGGAACGUACGAUGCAGCUGAUUCCAUGCCCGUUUGUGGCGCUCUCUGCUACGGUGUCGAAUCCGGACAAUUUCCAUAGUUGGUUGUCGAUGGUGCAAGUAAGGAAGUUUGGAGCAGACAGUCACAAAUCCCGUGUCCACCUGAUCAAACAUUCCGAACGAUGGAACGACUUGUACAAAAAAGUCUACGUAGAUGGCGAGCUGUACUCUCUCCACCCUUUUGCGUGCUUGAACGAGCGCACAGUGCGCAGCAACGGCAUGAUCGCGGAUUUCUCUUUGACGCCUUCGGAAUGCGGCGUCUUAGUGGCGAACUUUGUGCGUCUGUUUCAGAACGAUGCGGACCCGGCAGUGAGGGAGGCAGCAGCCCAGAUGGACCCGAAAAAAUUCUUCCAGAACGACUCUUUGAGCGAAGGAGCUUUGCGUGUCAUGUCAAAGGCAGACUACAGGCGAUACGAAAAACACGUCUUGUCAACAAUUCUGGGUGCAAGAGGCAAUGUUGGAGGAGCUUCUGCUGGAGGGGCUGCUGGAUCCUUGUCUACUACUUUAGGUAACGGCCAUUUACCAGGCGAAAAAGCUGGCUCAUCUACACCAGAAAAAGAAGAAAGUCUGGAAGCUGGAGCGCGAAAGAUCGCGCACAUCGCUAAGAAAUUUGAGUCUGUGGAUGAAGAAGAAGAACUUCUAGUAUCUUCAAAGAACAACGGAGCAGCAAAAUCUGCUCAGGAUGUUGUCUCCACGGAUGAGAACGCGAUGUUGUUGAACAAGGAGAAGUUCAACUUGUUGCUAAAUGCGAUGCGCGUCUUGCCCCGUAAGAAAACCGGAGGUAGUACGCCUCGUGCAGGAACUGCAGGUAUUAAUGCUAGUGGUCCAGCAUCUUCACCAGGUACUGCGAGUGUGGGCUCCUUGAAACCAACGAUGUCAGCACCUAAGAUUGCUUGGCAAGGUCCAGGGAGUUCCACGACACAGCUCGCCGUUGGCACAGCCCCGGCGAAUAUGUUGAGUUCUACGGGAGUGCGGAAUUUGAGUUCAGCACAGCUUAGUUCUAUUGGUUUGCAGAGUACCCAAGUGAUGCAAGUCGGCGGCAGCUCCUCGUCUACAGCUGCCGUGGAUGUGUCCAAGUUGGAGCUUUGCAAGUCUCCGAGUGGCGCGAAGAUGUACCAGCUCUGCCGCGACUUGGACCGAACCGACAACUUACCUACGAUCGUGUUCAACUUCAACCGGGUGGAACUGAAGAGCAUGGUGACUAGGCUAUUCACCCACAUGCAGCAAAUGCAGUACGACAAGUACCUCGGCACCGAGGAGGCCAGGGCAGCGACCAAGGCCGAAAACGCCAAGCGGGAAGCCGAAUUCCAGAAAAAGUUGAAAUUCUACGAAGCGCAGCUGAAGUUGAAGGCAAACGACGAGGACUUCGAUGAGACGACCUUGGAGGAACCUAUUCAACUGCCAAACGUCGAGGACGAAGUGGACAAGGAGUUCACCUUCCACUCCGAACGUGCGAAAGGGCAAUACGCGGCUGAGAUUGAGGAAGAUUUGAAGCAGAUUCGCUUUAUGGCGAAGAAGCUCGAUCCGGUGCUGAUCAAAGCCUUGGAGCGAGGAAUCGGAAUGCAUUGGGAAGGUACAAAUUCAAAUUCUCAUUCAUCUCUUUUAAGAGAGUACAAUCAGACCACUUAAUGUUUUUUUUGAAAAGCAGCUUUGACGGGUCCAUGAUUAUCAUUCAUAUUCUUCCUACCAACUAUAGUCUAGCACGGACGACCACGACUACACGCUAUGAUGAAUUACAAAAUUAUGUUCAUUUACGCUAUAAUAAAUUACAAAAUGUUCAUUUUCUUCGUGGUUGUACUUAAUCCAACACGACACGUUCCACUUUACAAUUCAUCUCCAUCUUCACAUGAUAAAUGUAUUUAAUCAACACUUGUUCUACAACAGCCGCGCCCACGAAGUACAAGCAAAUCGUCGAAGUCCUGUUCCGAAGAGGUUUCCUUAAAGUGGUGUUUGCGACAGGAACACUGGCUCUGGGUAUCAAUAUGCCUUGUCGAUCCGUGGUAUUUACCGGCAAUGACGUCGAGCUCACAGGGUUGAUGUUCCGACAAAUGGCUGGACGAAGCGGACGACGUGGAUUCGAUCUGCUCGGAAACGUCAUCUUCUGGGGUAUGCCAUUCGAAAAAAUCUCGCAGCUAGUAGCAAGCGAUUUGCCGGUAUUAAUCUUAAGCAUAGACACGUCUUCCUCUUAUUCUUAAAACUUUAUCUUUUACACGACUACUUCGAGAGCUUUUUAUUUUCGGCUCUGGAUUUUGAACAAAAAUGAAUCUCCAAAUGUUGGACCACAAGAACACAGGCCUCCGUGCCUUGGUUCGUUUCUCAGUGGAGACACAAAGUCAGAAUCUUGAAUGCGAGCAAAUCUUGAUACUCCUGCCUGAGACUUGCGAUCUCUGGCGGGUGUAGUCCCUGUUUGGUUCAUUGGGUGAGAUGAGUCAUACAUCAGCAGCAUAAGCAUGUCAGAAGGGAUCGGGCUGAACAUGCAUCAUAUGACUAGGAUCAGUACAGCCGUGCCUAGUCUACACCUUGAUCAUUAUGAUUAUGCAUUGAAUGUGCAUUGGAAGUAGCAUUCAUGAUCAUUGACAUUCGUGUCUUGUGAGAUCAUCCCGAUGACAGUCGAACACGAGGCUUUGCGUGAGCCACUGAGAACAGAACGCCACGGCAUCCGAGAGGCUUGAGCCAUACACGACCAACACCAAAAGAGCUCUGUCCUACUAACUUCAUUUAUAAGUACACGGAGCCAAUAAUUGUUCUCAACAAUCAGACGAACAACAACAAGAAACUUUGAUAUCUCUUACAAUUCUUAAACAUAGACACGUCUUCCUCUUAUUCUUAAAACUUUAUCUUUUACACGAACGUCUUCCUCUUAUUCUUAAAACAUAGAUUACGCGAACGUCUUCCUCUUAUUCAUAAAACAUAGACACUUUCCGGCGAGAUGA